CGUCCCUCCGUUUGUCUGUAUCAUCUUGACAACGCUACACUUGUUUGUCUAUCAAAAUGUUCUCCCUACUUUUUUCUCCUCUCCUGCCAUUCCGUCUCGUGUCCACUUCCUGCCUCCUCCCGUUCCACCCACCAUCUUUCGGAUGGCGCCAACCCCAGACAACUGGAGGCAAACGGAGCUACAAUAAGCGCAGCCGUGGACAAAUUGGAGGCUGCUGAUCCUCGUGAUUGGAUGUUGCUGUCGCCGGCGUUGCUGACGCUGGACCGCUGUCUCUUGCCCACCGAAACCUUCGCGCCAGGUGAUGCUUUACGCCCUCCUAUUUGCCUAUCCUUAAAACACACCAAAUGA